AUGGCUUCUAUUUCUGUUCCUUGCCCCAAAAUAACUGCUUUAUACGGUGCUUCGCAUCCCAGCCUGACUCAGUGCCAACACCAUCAUCAACAACGUUCCGUUUCGUUUCGACCUGACUCGAAAUCCAAGCCUGCAUUGCUCGCUGGAUCUUCAAUUGACAACCCCAACAAGUUUCUUGGACUUCAGGGGUCUAGCCAGUACCAGUCUGAUGUUUUCAAGGUGUGUGCCCAGCUUAAUGAGGUUUCUAUUGAGAAAUCAUCAAAUUCUGUACUAGUUCCCAAGGCAAAGUCAGAGGAAUCAUCAUUCGAAAGCCAAACCAACAUUCCAGAUGCAUCAUCCAUUUCAGCAUUUAUGACUCAAGUUGCGGACCUUGUUGAGCUUGUGGAUUCAAGAGAUAUCAUGGAACUACAGUUAAAGCAACUUGAUUGUGAACUCCUUAUAAGGAAAAAAGAAGCUUUGCCACAGCCUCCAGUUGCAGCUCCACAACCCCAUUCUCCCCAAGCUAUGGUUCCAUCUCAACUGCCUCAUGCACAGGUCGCUGCCCCAGCUUCUUCAGGUCCAGUUCCUUCACCUCCUGUUUCAGCACCAGCACCAGUUACGCCUGCAAAGCCAAAGUCAUCACAUCCUCCAUUUAAAUGCCCCAUGGCGGGAACAUUUUAUAGCUCUCCUGCCCCAGGAGCACCAGCUUUUGUAAAGGUAGGAGACAAGGUCCAGAAAGGGCAGGUUGUUUGCAUCAUCGAGGCCAUGAAACUGAUGAAUGAGAUUGAAGCUGACCAAUCUGGAACGUUGGUUGAGAUACUUGCGGAGGAUGGGAAACCAGUUAGUGUGGACAUGCCGCUAUUCAUUAUUGAGCCAUGA